GGCCGCCUCACGUGAAAGACGCUUUGAAGUCUCCGUAUCUGCAUCAAGUUGAAGACCAGACCUGAGGAUUGUGCCUGUGCUUUGGAGUUUAUGGUCUGCUGUUGCUUUUGAGACGGAUUCUACAAGUGUGUGUGAGCGUUUGACUCUUCAAGAACCAUCUACAGGUGUGUUUACCUGCCUCAGGGGAUCUAAACAGGUGCGAAAGGUUUGGGACAAGCUUGACGAUGACCACCAUGCAGAAGUUGCUCCAGCUGCCAGUGAACGCCGUGAACAUCGUGAAGAGCGUGCAGGGAGUCGUUCAGGGCCAGGAGGAGGCUCUCAGUCCGGUGCUGACGCCCGACAGCGGCCCGCAGAACUGGUACAGCGCCGUCCAGCCAGAAGAACUCCGACACCUGAGAUCUGGGGGGACGGGCGGUGGGGGGGAGGGGUCAGAGGAUCGACCCGGGCUGGAGGAGGGGCUUACCAGCAUUCAGUCGCAACCUUUACGACACGAUGACCUGAAGGAGAUGCUGGACAGUAAUAAAGACUCCUUGAAGCUGGAGGCCAUGAAGCGCAUCGUAGCGAUGAUCGCCCGGGGGAAGAACACCUCAGAUCUCUUCCCUGCCGUGGUGAAGAACGUGGCCUGUAAGAACAUCGAGGUGAAGAAGCUGGUGUAUGUGUAUCUUGUCCGCUACGCUGAAGAACAGCAGGAUCUCGCUCUGUUGUCCAUUUCCACCUUCCAGAGAGGACUGAAGGACCCCAACCAGCUGAUCCGUGCGAGCGCCCUGCGUGUGCUGUCCAGCAUCAGAGUGACCAUCAUCGUGCCCAUCAUGAUGUUAGCCAUCAAAGAGGCGGCAUCUGACAUGUCUCCAUACGUCCGCAAGACCGCAGCUCAUGCCAUACCCAAACUACACAGUCUGGAUCCAGAACAGAAAGAUCAGUUGAUUGAAGUCAUCGAGAAGCUGCUGGCUGAUAAAACCACACUGGUAGCAGGCAGUGUGGUGAUGGCGUUUGAGGAAGUGUGUCCGGACCGCAUCGAUCUGAUCCAUAAGAAUUACCGUAAGCUGUGUAACCUGUUGAUUGACGUGGAGGAGUGGGGUCAGGUGGUCAUCAUCAACAUGCUCACGCGCUACGCCAGGACGCAGUUCCUCAACCCCAACAUCAACGAAUCUCUGUUGGAGGACAGCAGCGAGAAGGCCUUCUACGCCUCUGAUGAUGAGGAAGAUGAAGAUAAGAAAGCCGAGGCGGCCGCUCUAGCGAAGAGGAAGCCGUACGUGAUGGACCCUGAUCACAGACUCCUGCUGAGGAACACCAAACCCCUGCUACAGAGCCGCAACGCUGCUGUGGUGAUGGCAGUAGCUCAGCUGUACUUCCAUUUGGCUCCUAAAGCAGAGGUGGGCAUCAUUGCUAAGGCUUUGGUCAGGUUAAUGCGCAGCCACAGUGAAGUGCAGUAUGUCGUGCUUCAAAACGUGGCCACGAUGACCAUCAAGAGACGAGGAAUGUUUGAGCCGUAUCUGAAGAGUUUUUAUAUUCGCUCCACGGACCCAACGCAGAUCAAAAUCCUCAAGCUGGAGGUUUUGACGAAUUUGGCUAAUGAGACGAACAUCUCCACCAUCCUGAGAGAAUUUCAGACUAAACUGUUGACGCAGUAUGUACUGAACCUGGCGAAAUACGAUCAAAACUAUGACAUCAGAGAUCGUGCCCGAUUUAUCCGCCAACUCAUUGUGCCCACUGAUAAGAGUGGCGCUCUUAGCAAAUACGCUAAGAAGCUUUUCCUUGCACUCAAGCCUGCCCCCGUCCUGGAGUCUCAAUUUAAAGACAGAGAUCACUUCCAGCUGGGGUCACUGUCUCAUCUGCUGAACGCUAAAGCCGGCGGAUACCAGGAGCUGCCCGACUGGCCUGAAUCGGCGCCCGACCCAUCUGUGCGCAACGUGGAGGUUAUUAGGCUGCUCGAAAGAGUCACCACUUUAACCAGCAUUCCAGAUUGGAGCAAAUGCACAAGCCGGAAGGAUCGUAAGGAGAAGAAAUUAGAUAAACCAUUCUACUCAGACUCAGAAGGAGAAUCUGGUCCAACCGAAUCAGCAGAUAGCGAAUCAGAUUCAGGCAGCGGUUCAGAAAGUGCUAGCGCCAGUGAUGAAAGCGGUUCCGGUUCAGAGAGUGAAGAGAGCGGAGAAGAGACUGAGUCUGAGGAGGAAGAGGAAGAUGAGGAGAAGGAAAAUAAAAGAAAAAAGCGUCUGGACAAGACCAAAGCAAAGAAACCAGCAGAGGAGAGCGCAGAGAGCGAGCAGAGCAGUGGCACCGAGGACAGAAAACGAGGCAGGAAGGCAGUGAAGAAUCAGAAAAAUGCCUCAGAAUCAGAGAGUGAAUCAGAAAGCAGCGAAUCAGAGGACGAGUCGGAGGAGGAGUCAGAGGAGGAGUCUGAGUCCGACACUGACAUCAGGAAGAAGAAGACGCCUGUAUCAAAACAACCUCCCAAACAAUCCAAAAAAGAGAGCAAGAAGGAGACGCAGGAAAUGUCUUUGCUGGAUCUGGAUGACUUUGAACCGACCCCAACAUCGGCUCCAGUGACUCCGGUUAACUUCUUGUCCAGUAGUCUGGUGUCUGAUCUGGAGGGUUUGUCACUGACCGACACUAUUCUUGCACCUACAACAAUUGCUCCUUCUGGUUCGAUAAAGAUGUAUGAGCUCCUACAUCGUAUAACAGGUGAGGGUCUUGCGGUUGAGUAUUGCUUCAGCCGGCAGCCCUUCAGUCCAGACCCUAACAUGGUGGCCGUCCAGAUCCAAUUCACCAACAACACCAACUCCGAGACCAAAAACCUGCACAUCGAGGAGCCUAGGCUGCAGUCUGGGAUGAGGAUCCGAGAGUUCGCUGAGAUAGAAGUGUUAGCAGCGGGUGAAUCGGUUACUGUGGUGAUGGGCAUAGAUUUCUGUGAUUCUACACAAGCAGCAAACUUCCAGCUGUGUACUCACACCCGCAAGUUCUUCGUUUCCAUCCAGCCGCCCGUCGGGGAGCUAAUGACACCUGCAUUUCUGACAGAAAACGACUUCAAGAAGGAGCAAGAGAAUCUUUUGAAUGGUAAACUGAUGGGAAUGAAUGAAAUCUCAGAGAAGUUGACGCUGGGAGAGAAAUGCGUGAACGAACAUGUCAUCGUUGAGAGAGUCACGGCCACCGCCAACUUGAGCAGAGUACCAUGCGGUUCAGAUAAAGAGUGCAGUACACCUCCUCCUCCUCCUCCUUCCGCUCCUGUUUACAGAUUCGCAGGGAAAACGGUCAGCAGCGGUUGUCUCGUGCUGGUCACCAUUGCUACGAAGGAAGGCGGCAGAGCUCAGCUGACGGUGAACUGCGAGAAGAUGGUGAUCGGUACAAUGCUGGUUAAAGACAUCAUGCAGGCCCUGUCACAGUGAUGGCGCCCCCUACAGUCAACAUCCUCCUACUGCUGCUUACCGCAUUGAUUUGCAUCUCUGUGUAGAUAUUUUCCCAAUGUGGACUGGCUUGUAGCAUCAAAAAUAUAUACUUAGAACUGACAUCAGAACAGCAACAGUAACAUUCACGGCCCUGUAAUCAGGAUGUUCCUUUUAUUUUCCUCUGUUGAAUGUUGCAUUUCAUCAAAGACAGUUAGUAAAGACAGUCUUUACACCAUAAACUCUCCCGAAUUAACGCACAAACCUGUGUCAAUUUCAGUUUAGAAGCUCUGUAGGAUAUACAGUACAUGGCUGACAUUUUUUGGACACCAACUUGUAUCCAUCUGCUCAGUGAAACAAGACUAAUAAUCAUCUGAGUGAUUCAUCAAUAAAAACUCUGUGCGGUUUAUUUUUAGUGUUUAUCUUUCACAUUUUCUGAAUGUAAUGUCUUACAUCUGAUGCCAGACCACAUCCCAAUGACGACAGCAGAUUUGUUUCCAGAAACCACUUCAAACUGGUUUUGAAAACAUGAACUUUGUUGAACUCUCUGAAACAUGUUCAUAUUGGUUUCAUGUUAGAUUUAGCAAAAUCAAAAGCUCCAAAACACAUCAGUAUGAAUUCACCGUCUCAUUCGACAGGAAAUGUAUGUCUUAUCUGUAUUUGCGAAUGUGUAACUGCUGAAUUUAGGAUUAUGGACUUGUGUAUCACUCAACAUUCAUCAGCUUCUUGUUCUCGUGAAGCUUUCAGAAGAAUAGAGUAUCUCACAAUCCGGUUAUUUUAGAUAUUUUAAUGCAAUCUGGAGCUGUUUAUCCUGGUGAAGACACUGUUGGUAGUUAGUUUUAGACCUUUUUUAGUUAUGAUGAUGAUGGCAUAAACCAGAUCUUCCUUCUCCCCUAGGUUCAAAAUUAAAUCCAGCUUUACUGACUCAUCUCUGUGUGACUGUGGGAAAUCAUGUGUUGUUUGAAUAUUAUAUCUCUAUUUAUUAUAAAGAGUUUUAAAUGUCAAUAAAAGAGAAC